AUGCAGACUCUCCAUCAGAUCGAGCGAGAGCUCGACACCAAGAUUUAUCCAGGGACAGAGAUCAUGGCAGAUGUAGGCACGCAUCAUUUUGUGAAGUCAUCACCCAAAUCAGAUCGCGUUCUGGUGCCACAGCCGUCGCAAAGUCCCCAUGAUCCUCUUAACUGGAACAGGUUCUGGAAGACCAGUGCCAUGUUUAUGGCUACGGCUGUGUCUUUCUGUCAGGGGUUCGGGCCUCUAGCACUGGCACCAAUGUUUCCGCAGUUGAUGGAGUCGUUCGAUACAGACCUUGCCUCGGUUGUCAAAUUCACUGGCGUCUGCAUUCUUGUUCUUGGUUUCAGCAACUUUUUCUGGAUCCCUAUCCAAGCAGCAUAUGGUCGUAGGCCAGUUUUGAUCUUCUCAACCUUGAUUUGUCUUGUUAGCAAUAUAUGGCGUGCGUUGGCAACGAGUUAUGGAAGCUAUAUGGGAGCCUGCGUGCUCAACGGAUUCGGAGCUGGACCUGCCGAGACUUCCCAGCCGGAAAUCAUCGCGGACAUCGUAUUUCUACACGAGAGAGGUGCUUAUAACACGCUCUAUUUCACCUUUUAUUUCGGUUCUCUCAUGGUCGGUCCAAUUAUUGCCGGUGCCAUGGCGCAACAUGUUGGCUGGCGCAGCUUCUUCUGGUUAAACGUCGCACUCCUAGGGGUUGUGUUGGUUCUGCUGCUUUUCUUGUUCCCCGAAACCAAAUGGCAUCGAGCCCAUCCCGCAGAGAUAAUCCAUGGCCAAGAGCAGGCUGCAGACGAUAACACUUCUGAUUCCAAGAAGCCCAUCGAGGUGACCCAACACGAGAAUGUGCCGACGGAGACUGGUACAGAAACGGACACGUAUCUGGGCAAAGGGUAUCCCUCCAAGCAGCAAUUCAAGCUCUGGCAGCUUGCCGACAAUAACCUCAAAACAGUACUGGUCACCUUUUGGAUCCCUUGGAAAAUGCUCACCUUUCCAAUCGUCGAGCUGGCAGCUUUUAAUGUUUCCUGGGCAGCUAGCGUGUACUUGACUCUGAAUCUCACUCAGAGCCAAGCCUUUGCCGCGCCUCCAUAUAACUUCUCUAGUCAAACAAUUGGCUUCUUCAACUUUGCAUCGUGGAUUGGGAUCUUCAUUGGACUUGCAACCAAUGGUCCUCUUUCGGACUGGAUUUCAAUGAGAGCCACCAAGAAGAAUGGAGGAAUCCGAGAGCCGGAAAUGAGAUUGCCAGCCAUGAUUCCCUACGUGAUCAUUGCUAUCAUUGGAAACUUUGUGGUGGCAUUCGGAUACGAGUAUCAAUGGGACUGGAGGGCGAUCGUUAUUAUCGGAUACACUGCAGCUGGGAUUCAGGUCGCCGCAAUUCCAGCCAUUACCAGUACCUACGCUGUCGAUAGUUAUAAGCCCGUCGCUGGAUCCAUCUUUGUUUCGAUCACAGUCAACAAGAACUUGUGGGGCUAUGGUUUCAGCGAAUUCAUCACGCCAUGGGCGGAGAAGAGUGGUUUUGUGAAGCCAAUCAUGCUUAACAUGUCCCUGGCUGUCCUUUGGUGUCUGUUUGCGAUCCCUUUUUACUUCUAUGGCAAACGAUUUAGGAAGUGGACUGCCAACUCGUCGGUCCAUAGUAUGUAG